CACACAGGUGAGAAGCCAUUUCCAUGUCCUGAGUGUGGGAAAUGUUUUGCACGGAAAUCAGAUCUUCCUAUACAUCACAGAAGUCACACAGAUGAGAAGCCAUUUCCAUGUUCUGAGUGUGGGAAAUGUUUCACACAGAAAUCAGUUCUUGUUACACAUCAGAGAAGUCACACAGGUGAGAAGCCAUUUCCAUGUUCUGAGUGUGGGAAAUGUUUUGCAUACAAAUUAGUUCUUAUUAGACAUCAGAGAAGUCACACAGGUGAGAAACCGUAUUCCUGUUCUGAGUGUGGGAAAUGUUUUUCAUCGAAAUCAGAUCUUGUUAGUCAUCAGAGAAUUCACACAGGUGAGAAGCCAUAUUCCUGUUCUGAGUGUGGUAAAUGUUUCGCACAGAAAUCAGCUCUUGUUUCACAUCAGAGAAGUCACACAGGUGAGAAGCCAUAUUCCUGUUCUGAGUGUGGGAAAUGUUUCGCACAGAAAUCAGCUCUUGUUACACAUCAGACAAGUCACACAGGUGAGAAGCCGUAUUCCUGUUCGGAGUGUGGGAAAUGUUUUAUCCAGAAAUUACAUCUUAUUAAACAUGAGAGAAGUCACACAGGCGAGAAGCCAUUUUCUUGCUAUGAGUGUGGGAAAUGUUUUAUCCAGAAAUCACAUCUUAUUAAACAUGAGAGAAGUCACACAGGCGAGAAGCCAUUUUCUUGCUAUGAGUGUGGGAAAUGUUUUACCUGGAAAUCACAAUUUGUUACACAUCAGCGAAGUCACACAGGUGAGAGGCCAUUUCCAUGUUCUGAGUGUGGGAAAUGUUUUAUCCAGAAAUCACAUCUUAUUAAACAUGAGAGAAGUCACACACGCGAGAAGCCAUUUUCUUGCUAUGAGUGUGGGAAAUGUUUUAUCCAGAAAUCACAUCUUAUUAAGCAUGAGAGAAGUCACACAGGCGAGAAGCCAUUUUCUUGCUAUGAGUGUGGGAAAUGUUUUACCUGGAAAUCACAACUUGUUACACAUCAGCGAAGUCACACAGGUGAGAGACCAUUUCCAUGUUCUGAGUGUGGGAAAUGUUUUGCACACAAAUCAGAUCUUAUUAAACAUGAGAGAAGUCACACAGGUGAGAAGCCAUUUUCUUGCUAUGAGUGUGGGAAAUGUUUUACCUGGAAAUCACAACUUGUUACACAUGAGCGAAGUCACACAGGUGAGAAGCCAUUUUCUUGCUCAGAAUGUGGGAAAUGUUUUACACGGAAAUUAGAUCUUUUUACACAUCAGAGAAGUCACACAGGUGAGAAGCCAUUUUUUGCUCAGAAUGUGGGAAAUGUUUUACACGGAAAUUAGAUCUUUUUACACAUCAGAGAAUACCAGAAAAGAAGAGGGAAAUACUCUCGUUUUUUGGGGGCACUCAUUGAAAAAUAUUGCAUAAAAUCUAACGUUUAUUAAUUGCCAUUAAAAGCUGUUGCCACCAACCAGGACUGGGACAAAAACAUACACACACAAAUACAAAAAUGACAAAACAAUAGAAAACAACAAAAAAAUGACAAAAAAAACACACCUAGGUUUGCGUGUGGUAUGAACACGCCAUGGGAAGAUAUGUCUGACGCAGUCAGGGCCAAUAUGAUAAAUACUGACACUAGCUCCUGCAACAGUUAGCCUUAACAGUCCCCUAACAGAAGGAGACAAAUAGUAAGCUGGUAUAGUCGGCUAACACAGGAAACAGAAACACUGUAGAUAGAUUUACCAUCAAUACUUCAGUCUCUCGUAAUAAAUGCUACUGGCAUAGAGUAAAUAAGUAACAAUGAUGGUUUAGUGUGUGUUCAAACUUCAUAGCAAGUGCAGUCUCCCCAUAGAUUGCAUGUCAUUGGUUCUUAUAAAGAGGUAGUAGCGAAAUAAUCAUAGUAUUUAUUCAGGAUCUAGGAUAUAAAUAUCCAUAAUAUAAACAAAAAAUAAUAAUAAUCUUGUAAAUGUUACAGUGCAAAUACUGUUAAUAUUCUCAGUGCAGGAAACCGGUAAGCCUUAUAUUAGUAAAUAAUUUCUUGGUAUCGAGUAUCCACUAUAAAUAACACCCUGAUCUGUAUCUCAGGUACAGGCAGGAUAUUACUAAUUGAAGUUGUCUGGGCAGAUGUAUCUAGUAUGCCUCAAAAACAAGCUGUAGCAAAAAAAAACAAUAUAUAUAUAUAUCACUUUUGCUCUUCAUAUAUAUCCAUCAUUUCAAUAUGCAGGAAUCAAUGUAACCAGGGUAAAUAUCCAAUCUAUCCUCUGACACGUGUCACAUUGGUGAGUUAGAGAGGUGAAGAGCAAAUGAGCUGCUGCAGAUUGCAGAAAAGGGGAAGAAAAAGGCACGCCUAUCAUAGAUGUAGUGGGGUGGCUACUGGUCACUGUGUGACAUGCAUUAAUACAGUGAAUGAGCGUGUCCCAUCUGCACCUAAGGGUUAGAAACAGGUAGAAUGCUUCUGCUUUUGAAAAUAUCACCCACGGGCACCCUGAUGUAACAGCGCAGGAUGUCCUCUGAGUUCUCCUUGCGACAAUGAGAGAGCAUUGAAAAAAGGGAGAUUUAAAGAUACAUGUUAUCAGUAAGAUGAAAUAAAGAGCACCAAUCCCCUUAUGAGUGUAUGCUGCUUCCUUGCAUGUGUAAAUACAUUGAUGCAAGGUGAGCGGUACCGCUUUUUUGCCUAU